AUGACCAAGCUGUUGUUCCUGGAUGAUGCAUAUAUGCAGCAAACCGACGCGGUCGUGACCGGGGUUUCGGACGACGGUGGGGUGAUUUUGGAUCAAACGGUAUUUUACGCCGGCGGUGGCGGUCAACCGUGCGAUACGGGAACCCUGACGGAUCUCGCGACGGGAAAUUCGUGCGCCGUUACCAAAGUUGGCCGGGUGAGUGGGUCGGUGGUUCACACGGUGCCAGGUGAACCAGCCUUGACGGUAGGAACAACCGUACGCGCUGCUAUAGAUUGGGACCGGCGCUACCAACUGAUGCGCACGCACACCGCGCUGCAUAUCCUUUGCGGAGUGGUAUGGCGUGAUUACGGCGCCCUGGUAACCGGCGGCGAUAUGCGCCCGGGGGCCGCUCGCAUGGAUUUCGAACUCGAAAAUAUGUCCGCCGAAUUCGCUCACGAAAUAGAGACGACCAUAAACCUGGAAGUUGCUCAGGAGAGGGAUAUCAACGUUGACUACCUCCAUAGAUCUGCCGCCGAUGCUCACCCCGACCUGAUCCGCACCAAAGUAAACCUGCUCCCGCCGGCUAUCUCCGAAGUUCGCACUAUCGAUAUAACGGGACUUGACCUUCAGGCCGACGGUGGCACCCACGUCCGCAACACUCGCGAGGUGGGUCGUAUACGGGUGGUUGGACACGAGAGCAAGGGGCGAAUAAACAAGAGAUUGCGAAUCGAGCUGGAAGAGGGGAAAUAG